CAGCAGCAGCAGCAGCAGCCCCGCCUCGCGAGCCGCUGGCUGGUUCACCUCCAACACACAACCCACACACAUCUGGCUGUCACACAAACUACGCUGCCGCUCCGUCCGGUACCGCGGCAUGCUCAUUCACACCGGGACGUACGAAGUGGAUUUUAACUAGAGGGGGCACAAUGUCUGAGGUGCGAAAAUUCACGAAGAGGUUAAGCAAACCCGGGACGGCCGCGGAAGUCAGGCAGAGCGUGUCGGAGGCUGUGAAGAGCUCCGUGGACCUUGUGGAGCAGCCAAAGAUUAUCGAGCCGCUGGACUAUGAAGCCGUGGUGUUUCAGAGAAAGGCCCAGAUCCACAGCGACCCCCACCGAGACCUGCUGCUCUGCCCCGUCGACGAUGUCUCGGAGUCCCAGAUCUCCCGGCAGAGGAGGACUGUCGUUCCUUCGGUGCCUCAGAACGCUGAGCGGGAAGCCAGGAGCCUGUUUGCCAAAGAGUGCAUCAAGAUGUACAACACCGACUGGCAUGUAAUCAACUACAAAUAUGAGGCUUACUCUGGUGAUUUCCGCAUGUUGCCAAGCAAAGGCCUGAAGACAGACAAGCUGCCAGCUCAUGUGUUUGAGAUCGACGAAGACGCCAAAGACGAGGACUCGGCGUCACUGUGCUCCCAGAGGGGAGGCAUCAUGAAGCAGGGCUGGCUUCAGAAAGCCAACAUCAACAGCAGCCUGUCUGUCUCCAUGAGGGUCUUCAAAAGGAGGUACUUCUACUUGUCUCAGCUCCCCGACGGCUCCUACAUCCUCAACUCCUACAAGGAUGAGAAGAACUGCAAGGACACCAAAGGAUCCAUCUACCUUGACUCCUGCAUAGACGUUGUUCAGAGCCCAAAGAUGCGCCGCAAUGGCUUUGAGCUGAAGAUGCAAGACCGCUACAGCCACUUCCUGGCUGCGGACAGCGAAGCAGAGAUGGAGGAGUGGGUGAUCACACUGAAACAGGCUCUGCAGAGCACCACUGAGGCCAGCCAGGACAGGAGGAAUGGUGCAGAGACACUGGACUGUGCCCUGGAUGACGACACUGCCAGCCAAGGUAGAGGGGAGAGCCUGCUGGAGAGCCAGGGGAGGAGCUUACAGCCAGAACUUAUGAAGUAUGCCAGGGAGACCGACCAGCUCAAUAAAAUCAACAGGAAUGAAGGCAGACAAAAGCUUUUCUCUCUGGAUCCUGAGACACAGAGGCUGGACUUCUCCGGCAUCGAGCCAGAUGUGAAGCCGUUUGAGGAGCGUUAUGGCCGUCGUAUCGUGGUCAGCUGCCACGACCUGACCUUCAGUCUCCAGGGCUGCGUCAGCGAGAAGGGCAACGGCGUCCUCACCAAUGUGGAGCCCUUCUUCAUCAGCCUGGCUCUCUUUGACGUCUCCAAGAGCUGUAAGAUCUCAGCCGACUUCCACGUCGACCUCAACCCGCCGUGCGUCAGGGAGAUGCUGACCGACGCCUCGGGCCAGCUCUCUCCUUCCUCAGACACAGAGGGUGGAGCGAUGGUGAACGGAGACUCGAAGGCGAAAGGGAACGGCCUGCCGGUUCUUCAGAGGGUGUCGGAUGCUCUGCUGCGUUUCCCCACACAGGGUAUCUUUUCAGUGACCAACCCUCACGCAGAUAUCUUCCUGGUGGCCCGUGUAGAGAAGGUGUUACAGAACGGCAUCACCCACAGCGCCGAGCCGUACAUCAAGACCUCUGACGCCAACAAGACUGCUCAGAAGGUGCUGAAAACUGCCAAGCAGACAUGCCAACGCUUGGGCCAGUAUAGGAUGCCGUUCGCCUGGGCUGCCAAGCAGGUGUUCAAAGACGCUCAGGGCAGCCUGGACAUGGAUGGGAAGUUUUCUCCUCUCUACCGCCAGGACAGCAGCAAAGUCUCCACUGAUGACAUCAUCAAGCUGCUGGCUGACAUCAGGAAGCCUGAGAAGAGCAAGCUUCAGACCAUCCCUGGGCAGCUGAAUGUCACCAUCGAGUGUGUCCCACCUGACUUCUCAAAUACGGUGACUUCCUCUUACGUUCCCGUCAAGCCCUUCGAGGACGGCUGCGAGCGGGUGUCAGUGGAGGUGGAGGAGUUUCUCCCCAAGGAGGCCAAGUACAACUACCCCUUCACCACCUACAAGAACCAGCUCUACGUCUUCCCCCUGCAGCUCAAAUACGACAACCAGAAGACCUUCACCAAGGCUAGAAACAUUGCAGUCUGUGUCCAGUUCCGAGACUCCGAUGAAGAAGGUGCAACCCCUUUAAAGUGCAUCUACAGCAAGCCGGGAGACUCCCUCUUCACCAGCAGCGCCUACGCAGCCAUCCUGCACCACAAUCAGAGCCCCGAGUUCUACGACGAGGUGAAGAUUGAGCUGCCGGUCCACGUUCAUGAGAAACACCACAUCCUCUUCACCUUUUACCAUAUCAGUUGUGAGUCCAGCAGCAAGGCGAGCAGCAAGAAGAGGGAGGGAGUAGAGUCACUGGUGGGUUACUCCUGGACACCUUUGCUAAAAGACGGGAGGAUGCAGUCAGUGGAGCUCCAGCUGCCCGUAGCAGCCACGCUGCCUCCUGGAUACCUGUGUCAGGACACCAGGAAGUCCCAACCAGAUAUCAAGUGGGUGGAAAAUGCCAAGACACUGUUCAAAGUGAAGACCCAUGUGGCAUCAACAAUAUAUGCUCAGGACCUGCAUCUACACAAAUUCUUCCAGCACUGCCAGCUGAUGAGGACGACAUCAGAGGGCAACCCAGCAGAACUGAUCAAAUACCUGAAGUGCCUGCAUGCCAUGGAGACUCAAGUGAUCAUCAACUUCCUACCAACGGUGCUGAUGCAGCUGUUUGGGGUGCUCACAGCAGCAACCAAAGAAACCCAUGAGAUUGCUGUCAACUCUCUGCGUGUGAUCAUACAUAUAGUCUCCAGAUGUCACGAGGAGGGCCUGGAACACUACCUGCGCUCCUUUGUGAAGUAUGUGUUUGUAACCAACAACCCCGUGUCUGGACACUCAGCGACAACCCAUGAGGUGCUGGCCACCGCUGUAACAGCCACCCUCAAGCAAACUGCUGAUUUCAACACGAGCAACAAACUGCUCAAGUACUCCUGGUUCUUCUUUGAAACCAUGGCCAAAUCCAUGGCCCAGUACCUGCAAGAGGGCAACCGCAUAAAGAUGCCGCGGGCCCAGCGCUUCCCCGACAGUUUCCACCAGGCGCUCCAGUCGCUGGUGUUGUCCAUCAUGCCACACAUCACCAUCCGCCACAUGGAAAUCCUCGAGGAAGCUCGCUGCAUCAACCUGAGCCUGGCCAAUUUCAUCAAGAGGUGCCUGACCGUCAUGAACAGGGGCUUUGCCUUCGGCCUGGUCAACCACUACAUGUGUCAUUUCGGUCUCAAAGAUCCCAAGGUGCUGACUGAAAUGAAAUUUGAUUUUCUGAUGACGAUCUGUAACCACGAACACUUCAUCCCUCUUAACCUACCCAUGGCUUUCGGGCGCACCAAGCUGCAGAGGGUACAAGAGCAGAGUCUGGAGUUCAGCCUGACAGAAGAUUACUGCCGUAACCACUUCCUGGUUGGCCUGUUGCUGAGAGAAGUGGCUGAGGCCUUGCAGCAAGGGCCCGAGGUCAGACAGCUGGCCGUGAGCGUUCUCAAGAACCUUCUCAUUAAACACGCCAUGGAUGAUCGCUACACUGCAUUCAAGAACCAGCAGGCCAGGAUCUGUUUGCUCUACCUACCACUUUUUGAGCUGCUCUACCAGAACCUGGAGCAGCUGUCUGCCCAGCCGCACACCUCCAGCCCCGGGCUCGGCCUCAAUGGCUCCAGAGAUGACCUGAUAUCAACCGCUUCAACAGACAGCAGGAGAAUCAGCACUGCAAUUGAGAGAGACCAUGGUCUGCCAGCUCAGAAUGGCCAUGUUGUGAGGAGAGAGGACUCCAGAUGCUCUCUGUUUAUGGACUCAGGAACACCAGACAGCAUUGAGCUGCAGAGACGUGGCUCCACCAUGAGCAGCAGCCCCAUGCCUCCCAUCGGCAGACUGGGACAGUAUGAGAUCAGGGGCCUCCUGCUCUCCUUCCUGCACAUCGUCAAGACCUUGUCGGAGGACACUCUCAUGGCCUACUGGAACAAAGUCAGCCCUCAAGACAUCAUGAACUUCCUCAGCUUGCUAGAGAUCUGUCUGGUUCAGCUCCGUUACAUUGGGAAAAGGAACAUUGUUCGGAGUCAGGACAUAUGCGUGCCGAAGCUGUUCUCCUCAGACAGGAAGUCUCAGACGAUGCCGGCCAUGCGCUGCAACCGAGGCAGCCUCAUGCAGACGAAGUUACACCAGUUCAGCACCAUGGAAACCUCCCUCACUCUCAAUAUCGGAACGGGGCCAUCAGAGGCAGAGAUCCAUCAUCAGGCUCUGCUGGAGGGCAACAUCUCCACCGAGGUGUCCCUGAGCGUCCUGGAUGUCCUCUCUCUUUUCACUCAGUGUUUUAAGACCCAGCUGCUGGACAGCGACGGUCACAACCCCCUGAUGAAGAAGGUGUUUGACGUUUACCUCACCUUCCUCAAAGUCGGCCAAUCGGAAGCCGCCCUCAGACAUGUGUUCGCCGCGCUCAGGGCUUUCAUCAACAAGUUCCCGUCGGUGCUGUUCAAGGGCCGCGUCACGCUGUGCGAAGCUCUGUGCUGCGAGGUGCUCAAGUGCUGCGUCUCCAAGCUGGGAUGCCUGAGGGCCGAGGUGUCGGCCCUGCUCUACCUGCUGAUGAGAAACAACUACGAGUACACCAAGAGGAAGACCUUCCUGCGCACGCACCUGCAGAUCAUCAUUGCUGUAAGCCAGCUGAUCUCCGACGUGGCUCUGACCGGCAGUUCACGCUUCCAGGAGUCCCUCUCCAUCAUCAACAACUUUGCAAAUAGUGACAAGGCCAUGAAGUCCACGGCAUUCCCCUCUGAAGUGAAGGGUCUGACCAAACGCAUCCGCACAGUGCUGAUGGCCACGGCCCAGAUGAGGGAGCAUGAGAAAGACCCGGAGAUGCUGCUGGACCUCCAGUACAGCCUGGCCCGGUCCUACGCCAGCACCCCCGAACUGAGACGAACCUGGCUGGACAGCAUGGCGCGAGCACAUCUCAAGAAUGGAGAUCUGUCUGAGGCGGCCAUGUGCUACGUUCAUGUGGCUGCACUGGUUGCAGAAUACCUGCACAGGAAAAAGUUGUUCCCCAGCGGCCUUGCAGCCUUUAAGAAGAUAACCUUGAAUAUUGAAGAGGAAGCUGCCAUGAGGGAAGACACUGGAAUGCAAGAUGUCUAUUACACUGAGGAAGUCCUGGUCGAACACCUCGAGGUCUGUGUGGAGGCACUGUGGAAAGCCGAACGCUAUGAGCUCAUCACGCACAUUGCCAAGCUUAUUAUCCCCAUCUAUGAGAAGCGUCACGAAUAUGAGAAACUAAGCCGACUGUACGACACGCUGCACAGAGCCUACAACAAGAUAAUGGAGGUGAUACACUCAGGCCGCAGGAUGCUUGGGACAUACUUCAGAGUGGCUUUUUAUGGACAGGGUUUCUUCGAGGAGGAGGAUGGGAAGGAGUACAUUUACAAAGAGCCCAAACUCACUGGCCUGUCCGAAAUCUCUCAGCGGCUGCUGACACUCUACGGGGAAAAGUUUGGGCCGGAAAACGUCAAGAUAAUACAGGACUCAAAUAAGGUUAACCCCAAAGACCUGGAUGCCAAGUUCGCCUACAUCCAGGUGACGUUUGUCAAGGCCUACUUUGACGAGAAGGAGGCACCGGAGAUGAAGACUGACUUUGAGAAGUGCCACAACAUCAACCGCUUUGUGUUCGAGACGCCGUACACGCUGUCGGGCAAGAAACACGGCGGGGUGGAGGAGCAGUGCAAGAGGAGGAGCAUGCUCACAACUAGCAACACCUUCCCGUAUGUGAAAAAGCGCGUGGAGGUGGUGGGGGAGAAGCAGCUGGAGCUGAAGCCGGUGGAUGUGGCCAUAGAUGAGAUGAAGGCGCGGACAGCAGAGCUGACCAAACUCUGCUCCAGCCAGGAGGUGGACAUGAUCCAGCUGCAGCUUAAACUGCAGGGCUGCGUCUCUGUGCAGGUGAAUGCCGGUCCCAUGGCCUACGCUCGAGCAUUCUUGGAUGACAGUAAAUCCAAUCAGUCAGGCAACAAGAAAAUAAAAGACCUCAAGGACAUUUUCAGGCGUUUUGUCCAGGCUUGCAGCAUGGCUCUGGACAUAAACGAGCGUCUGAUCAAAGAGGACCAGUUUGAGUACCACGAGGGCCUGAAGGCCAACUUCAAAGACAUGGUAAAGGAGCUGUCGGACAUCAUCCACGAGCAGAUCUACCAGGAGGACAUGAUGCGCUCGCUCUUACAAAACUCCCUCCAUGUGUUCCGCGCCAUCAGCGGGACAUCCACCAACGUGGGCUGACCACCGGCCCUCCCUCCUUCCCUCCCUCCCUCCCUCCACCGCCGCUGCCUCCACCUGCCUACAUGUAUAUCCUCUCACUUCUCCCUUAAAGGACCUGAACUUGUUUCACAUCUGCCUAGCUACACUUGCCCAAACACCCCCCACCCCCACUGGUGUGAAGAUGCCAUUCGGUCAUUGCCAUUUUGUCAGCGUCGUUGCUGUACGUGCAGUAGAUGGCUGAGGG